UACGAUAGGUAUACAGAUAUAGGCCUUUUAUAUGUCUGUAAGUUCAAAUAAAAAUAUUUUUUCAUUGAGCUGAUUUCGCACCGUGCUAGUUAGUUUAGAAUUGUUUGUGGGAAUCCCCAACGAUCUUGGUGGCCUUUCCAGUCAAUCAUCUUCAUGUUGGAUGUUAUUCGGGUCUGCUUCAUACGUUCGAGAAAGCCUGCAUGCCAUCGAGCUUAGUCGCUAGUUUUUCACAGCAUUGCACAACGUUUUAUUUGAUCUUUCUGAUUGAGUCAUCUUUGACUGGAAAUACUUAUAUCGGAUUAUAUACCAUGCAUAUCUCGCAGUAUACCGGUAUCAUGUUUUGUUGUUGGUGUUUUUAUCUGUAAUGUUGGACAUAAAUAUCUUCCUGGACGGCCACCUGGAUUAUCCAAGGACGGUUCUAGCUGCAAGAAACAUCAAUAUCAAAAGAGAAGAUGCAAUUUAAAGAUGGAGCGACUCCAAUAGACAUUAGACCUACACAUUUUGAAAGUUUAAUCAUCAACUUAACAAUUCUGACUUUCAUAAUCCCAAGUGCAUUAAUCAAUCUAAAGGCACAUUUAAAUAAUCAAGUUCAUAUCAAACACACUUCUACAUUUCAUUUCAAAAUCAAUAAGUCAAGACAGGGAUUUUUAUCUAGCAGCAUGGCGGAGAAGGGAAGCGAGGUUAUCCCCAGCAUCAAAAGCUUGCAGAGUGACACCGGAGAUUCAGAAGCUCAACCUGGUUCAGUUGGAUCGUUUCAAGGGGCAUCACCACCUCCGUCAUAUCUGGAAUUGCCAGGAUACCCCCAAACUAUCUUUAAAAAUGCCCCAUCAGACAAUUAUCUUUGUGGAAUUUGCAACCAGGUAGCACGGUGGCCUGUACAGACAGACUGUGCAUGUGGAUUAUUUUGUCAUGGAUGUUUACAUAGAUAUAUAGGUGAUGAAACAGGAACACUCGAGUGUCCAAGAUGUCAAGAGACGUUUCCAGUUAAUGAGAUACAAAGAGACAAAGUUGCCCAUAAGAAAUUACUGAAGUUAGAUAUAGAAUGCCCUCAUGGGUGUGGAACAGAAAUGCUAUUAAGAGACUUGGACAAGCAUGAAGAAGAAUGUCAAUUUGUGAUAAUAGAGUGCAUUAAUAAACAACAAGGAUGCAAAGCACUUAUUAAGAGGAUUGAUCUAGUAAAGCACCUAGAAAAGCAAUGUGACUUUCGGAAAGUACCUUGUCAACACUGUAGGAAUCAGUUUCUCGCUCGAGAUUUAGAGGAACAUGAAAAGAAUUGUGCAUUUACAGAGUCUGUAACAAAAGUAUUAACGGACAAAGGCGAAGAUGGGGAAGCGGAAGCCGCAACAGGGAAGCUAGUCACUCAGGACCUCAUGAAGACAGUGGCAAUCAAACUUGAAGCCAAGAUUGCUGAAGUUAGGAGAAUGAUGACUGAAAUUGAGAAUCAGGGAAAAGUCCUCAAGAGUUUGUUUGAGGAUAGUAGGGUGUCCAUUAAUAGGAACCAGGACGCAUUAGUUGAUGUUGAUAAGUCUGUUAAGCAACUACAGAAAAUGGUGCUAACAAAAUUAAGCAAACUGCCAGACAUGGAGCGGAGCAUUGGGUCCAGUUUAUCUCGGACAGAGUUUGAGACUCACAAAGAUUCUUUCCGUGAGAUGAGAGAUGAUAUAGAUCGUCAAAAUGCCAGACUCAGCACGCUGGAAGAACAGAGUAAAAGUGGAGUAUUUGGAUCCACUGAGGGAAUACCUAAACAUCUCAAGGAUCAAAUAGCAAAUAAUACAGAUAGGGUGCAGUACUUUGAUGAACAAAUCAGCAUGUACUCGAUGCGUCUUGCCGAGCACGAGCUCCGGUUUCAGUUCCAGGAGACUGCUAGCUACGAUGGCACGCUCAUCUGGAAGAUCAAGGAGUUUGCCCGUCGGAAGCGGGACGCCGAUAAUGGAAAGACUCUAAGCCUAUACAGCCAGCCCUUCUACACCAGUCGCUUUGGAUACAAGAUGUGUGCCAGGAUAUAUUUAAAUGGUGACGGUAUUGGGAAGGGUACCCAUGUAUCUCUCUUCUUUGUUGUUAUGAAGGGUGACUAUGAUGCUUUGAUUCCCUGGCCGUUUAGUCAGAAGGUGACAUUAAUGCUGUUAGACCAAGAGACCGGUAGGCGUCAUCUAUCUGAUUCCUUCAGACCGGACCCAACGUCGACAAGCUUCCAACGUCCCUCUACCAACAUGAAUAUUGCCUCAGGAUGUCCCUUAUUCGUCUCUCAGUCGGUCCUCAAAGAUCCGGCCUAUGUCAAGGAGGAUACCAUUUUCAUCAAGGUUGUCGUGGAUACAACUGAUCUCUACGGUCCUUAAAGGUUCCGCCCCACAUGGACCCACCAACCGACCUCUAUUUAAAGACCCCUUUACACUUGGAGCAACAAAUCUCAGCUAGCAAAUUCAAUAGUGUUUAGUCUUCAAGUGUAUUGUAGUAUGAAUCAUCAUGUUAUGACUUGUGACAUCAUGAUGAAAUGACUAUGAUGACUUGAAUUUGUAAGUGCGAUCUUGGGGUAAUUAU